AUGCCUGUCAAGGCGGCCAGGUACAUGUCUCCGUGGAGACACACACCCGAGUCCAGAACGAAGCUUCCCUUGUGGCGCAAAUGGCAGCAGCCAGUAGCUCACGUCUAUAAAAGCCCAAUGGCCUGACACCCUUUCAGACAGAACAGAGUAGCACACCACGACCUCAAACGCUCGACGCCCCAUCGACCAUCGUCCAUCUCCUUAGACAGACUCGCAAGCUAAUAAGCUAGCUAGAGCGGGGCGGCAAUGGCGGGCGGCAGCGACCUGAAGGUGCUGGGCGUGUGGACGAGCCCGUUCGUGAUCCGAGUCCGCAUCGCGCUGAACCUGAAGGGCCUGGCGUACGAGUACGCCGAGGAGGACCUCGGCAACAAGAGCGCGCUCCUCCUCGGGUCCAACCCGGUGAACAAGAGCGUCCCCGUCCUCCUCCACGGCGGCCGCCCCGUGAACGAGUCCCAGGUCAUCAUCCAGUACAUCGACGAGGUCUGGGCCGGGGCCGGGCCGGCCGUGCUGCCGCGCGACCCCUACGAGCGCGCGGUGGCGCGGUUCUGGGCGGCCUACGUGGACGACAAGGUGGGGUCCGCAUGGACGGGGAUGCUGUUCCGGUGCAGGAGCGAGGAGGAGAGGGCGGAGGCGGUGGCGCGCGCCGACGAGGCGCUCCGGACGCUGGAGGGCGCGCUCGGGGAGUGCUCCGGGGGGGAGCCCUUCUUCGGCGGCGACGGCAUCGGGCUCGUGGACGUCGUGCUCGGCGGCUACCUCGGGUGGUUCGCGGCCAUCGACAGGAUCAUCGGGCGCAGGCUGAUCGACCCGGCCAGGACACCGCUGCUGGCCGCGUGGGAGCAGCGGUUCCGCGCCGCCGACGCGGCCAGGGGCGUCGUGCCGGACGACGUCGACAAGGUGCUCGCGUUCCUGCAGACCCUGCUCGCCAUUGGAUCGAUGAAGUGAGCUCGGUCCGUCGUCUGUCAGCCCGGGGACAGUCGGUUCAGCAUACCCUUUUUUCGGCUCAAUAAACUGUGUGUGCUCGACGAAUGCACAACACUACUUCUGUUGUAACGAGGGCUGUCUGUCUAAGCUGCUCGUAAUUUGCAUGUUUUUUUGCUCAAUAAACAGCAUCUUUCUUGCUCAAUAAACUGUGUUCUAAACAAAUGUACAACAGUGCUAGUGCUGUAACAAGCGAUGUUUAUGUUGCUUGUAUUUUUUUU